AAGCCACAGCAUACGUUGCCAGUAAUCUUACGCUGUGCAAUUUUAGGGAGCGCAAAGAGAAAACUAACUAUUCGUGAUAUUUAUGCUGCGAUGGAAAACAAGUACCCCUACUAUAGAACGGCAGGGCCAGCAUGGAAGCAAUCUGUCAGGCAUCAUCUAUCAUUGAGCAGGCUUUUUGAAAGGAAGGCGAAACCAGUGACUGAACCGGGUUUCGGCUCAUAUUGGACUGUCAAU